AUGGCUUCAGCUGGGGAUUCGAUCUUAGCCUUGACUGGAAAGCGUACAACCGGACAAAGUAUCCGAACCCAAAAUGUUACCGCUGCCGUAGCAAUUGCUAACAUCGUGAAGUCGUCCCUCGGACCUGUGGGUCUCGAUAAAAUGCUUGUCGAUGAUGUUGGAGACGUUAUUGUCACAAAUGACGGAGCCACUAUUCUGAAGCAACUCGAAGUAGAGCAUCCAGCUGGAAAAGUUCUUGUCGAACUUGCUCAGCUUCAAGACGAAGAGGUUGGAGAUGGUACAACGUCAGUCGUUAUUAUUGCUGCCGAACUUUUGAAAGCAGCUGAUGAACUUGUGAAGAACAAGCUUCACCCAACCACUGUCAUUAAUGGAUACCGAUUGGCAUGCAAGGAAGCAGUCAAAUACAUUCAAGAGCAUCUUUCUUUUACCAGCGAUGAUCUCGGUAGAGCCGCCAUCAUCAACGCUGCCAAGACCUCCAUGAGCUCAAAGAUUAUUGGCCCAGACUCUGACUUCUUCGGAGCUCUGGUUGUCGACGCUGCUGAAGCUGUCAAGGUUACUGAUAGCACUGGAAAGGUUACUUAUCCAAUCAAUGCCAUUAACGUGUUGAAAGCUCACGGAAAGAGUGCCAGAGAAUCAAUCCUUGUUAACGGAUAUGCAUUGAACUGCACAGUAGCUUGUCAAGCCAUGCCACUUCGCGUGCAAAAGGCAAAGAUUGCUUGCCUUGAUUUCUCGUUGCAAAAGGCCAAAAUGCACUUGGGAAUCUCCGUCGUUGUUGAGGACCCAGCCAAGUUGGAGGCUAUUCGCAGAGAGGAAUUCGACAUUACAAAAAGAAGAAUCGAGAAGAUUUUGAAAGCUGGAGCGAAUGUGCUUUUGACGACCGGUGGAAUCGAUGAUUUGUGCUUGAAACAGUUCGUUGAAGCUGGAGCUAUGGCUGUUCGCCGUUGCAAGAAAUCUGACUUGAAAAGAAUCGCCAAGGCUACAGGAGCUACUCUAACCGUCUCAUUGGCUACCCUUGAAGGAGAUGAAGCUUUCGAUCCUUCCUUCCUUGGAUAUGCCGAAGAAGUUGUUCAGGAGAGAAUCAGCGACGACGAGCUCAUUCUCAUCAAGGGACCAAAGGCCAGAACUGCUAGCAGCAUUAUCCUCCGUGGUGCCAACGAUGUGAUGCUUGAUGAGAUGGAACGAUCUGUCCACGAUGCGCUCUGCGUUGUUCGACGUGUUCUCGAAAGCAAGAAGCUCGUUACUGGAGGAGGUGCUGUUGAGACUGCUCUCAAUGUUUGGCUUGAAGGAUACGCUACCUCAUUGUCUUCCCGCGAACAAUUGGCGGUCGCUGAAUUCGCGCAAGCACUUCUCGUGAUCCCAAAAGUGUUGUCGGGUAAUGCUGCCAAGGAUCCAACUGAUCUCGUCGCGAAACUUCGUGCUUACCACUCAAAAUCGCAAAACAAUGUGCAACUCCCACACUUGAAAUGGGCUGGAUUGGAUCUUGAGAACGGAACAAUUCGUGAUAACAAGGAAUCCGGAAUCCUUGAGCCAAUGGUGAGCAAGGUGAAGUCGCUCAAAUUCGCCACGGAGGCUGCCAUUACGAUACUUCGUAUCGAUGAUUUGAUCAAGCUUGACAAGCAAGAGCCGGCCGGAGGACACGGCGACGAAUGCGGCGCAUAA